UUCAACAAAAAGUGCAAUUUAAUUUUUUUUCACACUACCAUAUCAGGUCUAGUAGUAGUACCAAUAUAUAUAUAUAUAUAUAUAUACAAAUUUAUUUCAAAGACGCCAAGUCCUCAAAAUCAUCGCUCAUGGCGGACUGCAUCUUCGAGCAGCUCAAAUCUCAGCCCACAUGGCUCCUCCUGCUCUUCUCCCUCGGCUCCUUCUCCCUCCUCAAACUCUCCCUGUCCAUCCUCAAAUGGGCCUACGUCAAUUUCCUCCGCCCCGGCAAGAACCUCAAGAAAUACGGGUCGUGGGCCGUAAUCACGGGCCCCACCGACGGCAUCGGCAAAUCCUUCGCAUUUCAGCUGUCGCGAAAAGGGCUCAACUUGGUUCUAGUUGGGCGGAGCCCUAAUAAGCUCGAGGAGGUCUCGGGCGCCAUCAAAUCCAAAUCCGGGUCGACCCAGAUCAAGACGGUCGUGGUGGACUUCUCCGGCGAUUUGGACGACGGCGUUGCGAGGAUUAAGGAGGCGAUCGAGGGUUUGGAUGUGGGAUUGCUGAUUAAUAAUGUGGGGGUUUCGUAUCCGUACGCGCGAUUCUUUCAUGAAGUGGACGAGAAGCUGUUGAAUGAUUUGAUCAGGGUUAAUGUGUUGGGCACGACGAAGGUUACGCAGGCGGUGCUGCCCGGGAUGGUGGAGAGGAAAAAGGGGGCGAUUGUGAAUAUUGGGUCCGGCGCCGCCAUUGUUAUUCCUUCUGAUCCGCUUUACUCUGUCUAUGCUGCUACUAAAGCGUACAUCGAUCAGUUCUCAAGAUGCCUUUACGUGGAGUACAAGAAGAGUGGGAUUGAUGUACAGUGCCAGGUACCGCUGUACGUUGCCACAAAGAUGGCAUCAAUCAGAAGGUCGUCCUUCUUCGUUCCAUCAGCAGACGGUUAUGCUCGUGCAGCUCUGCGUUGGAUAGGCUACGAGCCCCGUUGUACUCCUUACUGGCCACACACCCUCCUCUGGGCCGUGGCGAAUUCUCUGCCCGAGUCAGCCAUUGAUGCGUGGCGCCUCAAGUUCUGCCUCGCCAUUCGAAAGCGAGGACAGCUCAAGGAUUCGAGGAAGAAGGAGUAGAAGCCAAGUCAAUCCACUUACACUCAUUCUAUCUCUAUGUUUCAUUCUUUAGUUUCCACCCUCAUCAACCAAGAAUGUUGUUAGUUACUGUUUUUGUAACUUAAUAUGCAAGACUAGUGUAACUUUAUUUGUUUACAACUUUGAAGUAUUUUCUCAAUAUUCUUGAAAAA